CAAAAAAGAGAAUUUCAUGUCUGCUACUGGACAUUUUUAUUACGUGCUCUUUGGCUCUUUUUUUUUUUUAUUGUUGCGUUUUUACCUGCUUUCGGCUUUACAGUGAUACUGGCUUCGUAGAAGCGAUUGUGUGUGCUACACCAUGCUUUAUAACCAAGAGCGAAACCCAUCUCCAAGAGAUCAGGCUGAAGUUGGUAGACAAAUGGGCCCAUAUCUGAUCAAUGAAGAAGGUUUCGUGCCUGAAGAAUAUGUGAACUUAGUUCCAGAAAACUUGAUCCCUGUGGCUUUGGAAGCAGAACUGGAAUUCUACCUGAUACUGGAUGAUGGGGACGAGGUCAUUGUGUUUCAUGAGCAGGACAUAAAUGAUGAUGAUGAGGAGGAGAAUCAAGCAGAGCUCAUGGAAGACCUGAGCUGGGUUUACAAUGUGGAAGAGGAUGAUACAGAUGACGAUGAAGCUAAUCAUGAGCAUACUGAAAUCGUCACAGGCACUGUAAAUGACCAUCUGUAUGAACGAUCCCAUGAUGAGACCAAAGAAGCUGCGGUUACAGGGAACCUUGAGUCUGAAAAUGAAAACCAGGAGGAGGAAGAUGACAAUAAUCCAAACUCAGCUGAAAACAAAGAGUAGUAUCCAGCUUGAAGGCAUAGAGAUGAAAUACAGAAAGGCAGAAACACAUGAAGAUUUUAUCAACACAGAUUGUGGUUCAAAGUUCAUCACCCUUUUAAGUUAACCUUAUCAUUAUCUGAUGUCUUACUGUAUUGUCUUCCUAUAACCCACAGUGCCCAGUACAAAAUAAAAGA